AUGAUCAGGAGCCGCCUCUCGAGCUUGACGAGGAUCUUGUGUUCAGAGUACACUGCCUCGUUGGCGCCCAGCGUUCUGAACUAUCCCAAGGAGUAUGGUCGCCGAUAUCAUGCUUUUCGGCCGGGAGCAUAUCCUCUUCCCAAUGAUGAUUCGGAAUCAGAGCGCCUCGAUAUGACCCAUGAGCUGAUUGUCAGACUCAUGGGAAACCGUCUGUUCCUAGCCCCUCUGGAACGGCCCAAGGUUCAUCGGAUUCUCGACAUCGGAAGCGGUACCGGCAAAUUGGCCGUCGCACUGGGAACUCUCUUCGACGACGCUGAGGUCAUUGGGAAUGAUUUGAGCGCGAUCCAGCCCACUUGGAAUCUCAACCCGGGGGGGUGGGCGGAGUUCCAGGAUAUGGAUAUUGAACUCUACUCAGAUGAUGGAACUCUUACUGAGCAGCACGCCACGAGGGACUGGAGUAGAACCUUUGUGACGACUCUGAGAAGCAUGCAGCUCGAUCCGGCUCCUGGCCCGCAGCUCGAGGGAUGGAUUCGACAGCAGGGCAGUUUCACCAACAUCACCCAUCAGAAGUUCAAGGCGCCGGUGGGACCCUGGCCCAAGGAUAAGGCCUAUAAAGAUUUGGGAAUGUUGAAUCUUAUUCAGACAUUGGACGGGCUUGAGGGUUUCUCGCUCAGAAUGUUCUGUGGCGUUCUUGGGCGCACGAAGCAACAGGUCUUGGACCAGUUGUCAGAUGUGCGCAGAGAAUUGAAGAGCAACGCCUUUCACUGUCACUUCGACAUUCACAUUGUAUAUGCACAGAAGCCCUUUGCAGAAGAAUAG